CGUCAAUUUCAGUUCAGCGCCCCCAAAUCUACUUCCUUUCUUUUCUGAAGGUUUUGUGUACAGAAUCAGACAUGGUGAAGACACGUAAAGAACCCGUUAAUGCUGUGCAAGUCUUCGGACGCAAGAAAACUGCCACCGCCGUUGCAUACUGCAAACGCGGAAAGGGUCUGCUGCGAGUAAAUGGCCGCCCUCUGGACCAAAUCGAACCCAAGGUUCUGCAGUAUAAGCUACAGGAGCCGCUGUUGCUGCUCGGCAAAGAAAAGUUCGCCGGCGUCGACAUCCGGAUCCGGGUCUCCGGUGGUGGUCACGUAGCUCAGAUCUAUGCCAUCCGCCAGGCCAUCUCCAAGGCCCUGGUUUCCUUCUACCAGAAGUAUGUGGAUGAAGCCUCCCGCAAGGAGCUGAAGGACAUCCUGACCCAGUACGACCGUACCCUGCUGGUUGCCGAUCCUCGUCGGUGCGAACCGAAGAAGUUCGGAGGUCCAGGUGCCCGCGCUCGCUACCAAAAGUCGUACCGUUAAACUAUCCGAUACGAUUUUUACGGCUCUGCUGGUCGUAUGUGGUUUGCUGUUCAGUGCGUGCCCCAUUGCCCGGUAAAGCUGAAUAUACAUUCUAAGAUUAAGCCAGAUAAGGAGGAUUGCUUUGGGAAUAUGUGGAUUAAAGACACGAUGUGAAGAAAACAA